UCAAUUAUUUUUUAAACUUAUUAAUUAUCUACAGAAAUGUUUGAAUUAGGAGAACAAAUAUUACACUCAAAAGUACUUUGGUUAAUUAGUGCAGUUAUUCUCUUUUAUUUAUAUCUGAAAAGAAAAGUUUAUUCAUAUUGGCGAAAGAAAAAAAUACCUCAUGACGAUUUCACAGUGCUCACUGGCAUAUUCGGUAUAGAUUUUUUUACAAAAAAAAUUACUUUAGGUAAUGUAAUGAAAAGAAGUUAUAGAAAAUUUAAAAAGUAUCCUUUCCAUGGUUUAUACGUUUUCUACAACCCAGUCUUGAUGAUCAACGACCCUGAGCUUAUUAGAAACGUAUUAGUAAAGGAUUUUACAUAUUUCUGCGAUCGAGGUCUAUAUUCAAACCACAAAUGUGAUCCAUUGAGUGCACACAUAUUCUUAUUAAAUGGAGAUGUUUGGAGGACUAUGAGAGCUAAAUUAUCACCAUCUUUUACUUCUGGGAAGCUCAAACAAAUGUUUCCUAUUUUAAAGAAUAUUGCAGAUGAAAUGAUCAAAGUAAUCAAUGAAAAUUUAUCGGAGACCGAUAAUCUUGAACUUAAAGAUCUUAUUGCCAGAUAUACUACAGAUACAAUUUUCAGCUUAGCUUUUGGCUUAGACAGUUACUGUCUUAGGAAUCCUGACAAUAUAUAUCGUCAUUAUGGUCAAUUGCUUGCAGAAAAUAGUAUAGUCCGAGCUGCUUUAGGAUUUUUCGCUCCCUGUGUUUUGGAUUUUUUUCGGAUACCUUUAAUAAACCCUCAAAUCACGUCAUUUUUUGUAAAAUUGUUUCAAGAUAUGGUUGAUCAAAGAAGAGCAGGCAAAAUCAGUAGAAAAGAUUUUUUGGGUUCAUUAAUGGAUCUUAUGGAUUAUGAACAAAUGAUAACUGAAGUUAUGGGAGACUCUGUAAAUGGAAUAAAUGAAGAAAAGAUUGCAAGACGACUUGAACCAUUAGAAGCCAUAGCUCAAGCCAUAGUUUUUUUCUUGGCUGGAUUUGAAACGUCGUCUUCAAUAGCUACGCACUGCAUUUACGAAUUAGCUCUGAAUCCUGAUGUACAAGAUAAGCUAUAUGAAGAAAUAUUUAAUUCGAACAAAAAUUGUAAUGAAUUAACUUAUGAAGUGUUAAUGGAACUAAAAUAUCUUGACAUGACUUUUCACGAAACAAUGCGGAAACAUCCAUCUGUACCGUUUUUGAAUCGAGUUUGUGUAAAAGACUACCAAGUUCCAAACUCAAAUUUUAUUAUUGAAAAAGGUACACGUAUUAUAAUUUCAGUUUCUGGCAUUCACGAUAAUGAAGAUAUUCACUCUGAUCCACAAAAGUUUGAUCCAAUGAGAUUUAGUAAGGAAAAUAUUGCAUCCCAAAAUACCUUUUCUUACUUACCAUUUGGUCAAGGCCCAAGAAGUUGCAUAAGUAAGGGUCUAGGAAAACUUCAAACUAAAAUGGUUCUAUUUCACUUGAUUCUGCAUUAUAAAUUUUCUCUUUGUAAUAAAACUCCAGUUACAGCUGAAUAUGCGACAGAGUCUAUAUUUCAAACACCUAAAAAUGGUAUUUAUUUAAAAGUUGAUAAACGAAAGAUUGCUUUAUAGUUUUUUUUACAUGUGAUUUAAACGUUACAUUUUAUACCCUUAGAUGCUAAAUAAAAUAUUUAUUUAAAGAAUGUACAUACCAAAAAUAACGACUUAUUCCAAUCAAAUGAAAAUCCAGUCGAGUAUAUAUUUGGAUUUCUGUUAAUUGUUAUUUUUUUAUAAACACAUAUGCAACGAGAUAUAGCAAAUAAUAUUUUAUGUAAUUAUAAAAGAAUUGAAUUUGUUUAAACAAUAUAUUUUUUCUCAAAAAAAGUAACACAUUGCAUAACUUACACAACAUCAGUCAGGAUAAUCCAGAAAGGUUAACAAAGAGAGCGACUGAGAGCUCAGUGACUUCGAAGUCGAUAAUGUAACCGUUCACGUAACGUAGCGAACCUUCUCAUGGCCAACCCUCACCUGCAUCUGCAUCGAUCUCUCGUAAGUACAACUACCAAUACAAAUGAAAACGACGAGUUUGCUAAAGCUGAAUCAAUCGGACGGUAAGAUCCAAUUCAAAGGUCUCUCACUGCUCCUGCAUGCGCCACUCACGGCAUUUUGAUAAGAAACCAAGAUAAAUUAACGAACAAAACAACUCUUAUAUCCCAAGGAUGAACAUAUA